ACGAUCAGCCGCACGACAACAAACAUGUUUGCGUAUGUAAAGUACGAUGACGGCUACCGCGCGGUUUUGCCUGACCGGCUAAUCAAGGGAUUUGAGCCAAAUGACGCUGACGAUUUUUCCAAGACCAAGAAAGUACAAGCGCAUUGGCGUAGUGAAGACGGGUCGACGGAGGGUUUCUACCCGGCAACUGUCCACGCACUCGCCGCUGAGGCAGCCCCAGUUGAAGUGGAAGGGCCACCGAAUGAAGAAAGUGUGCAAACAGUUGCACAUGCGCAGGUUGCUCCCACAGGCCCCUUCACAGAGGGGCUCUUCAAUGUUGUGGAUGGACAGGUGCAUAUUGGACGAGGGGUAUGGAUGUCCGAGACCAAGUGGCAUUUCAUCAUGAGGGCCGCCUCUGACGCGAGGUGCACUUUAGACGUGGCACGGCACCUUUGGACGACCUCGGAGGCAGCUCAAAGGAGCCUGACAGGUCAGGCAUGCCGCACAAAGAGGGACGCAAGCGCAAAGGUGCCUGCCACGCCUGAAAAAGUGGAAGUUGUGAUGAACUGCCUGGCUAAGUACGUGGAGGCGAACCCGAAGCCUCCGCCAGGAGCCCCUGCGGAACACCGCCUUGCCGCUGGGCGCAAACAUCUGCGCAGCUACUUCACGGAAGCUGGCCGUUGCGGCAAGAGGCCAAAGACAGCAAAGGCCUUGGGCAUAAAAGAAUAAUUUACUUAAUUAUUCUGUUCAAUAAAAUAUGUUAUUUUACUCUCUG